AAAACUUCAGUAAUGAGUGACGUCUGUUGCAUUUUGUCAAAAAAUAGAAAUAGAAACAAAUUUUUCCAAUUUCUGUUUUUAAUAGUUUUAAUGCCUGUGUUUUCAUAAAUUAGAAUUCAGUUUUAAUUUUAAUUAUUUAUAUGUUUCUUCAAAUGCUUUGCUUUCGUUAUUUUAGCUUAAGUUGAAGUAAAAAUGAGUUCUAAAAGGGGUAAGCGUAAUAUAGGGAAUAAGCAUUUUCCAAUAGCUGAAUCCGUCAGCAUAGCUUUGAAGAUACAGCUGGAUAAGUUUCUUAGUGACGAGAAUGAGACAGAACUCAAAUUUCCCUCGUUUUUGUCGGCUCAAGAACGGGGUUUCAUACAUGAGACUGUGGCCAAGUUGGGGCUGAAGUCUAAGUCGCGCGGGAAAGGAGUGAACCGAUAUAUAACAAUCUACAAAAGGAUUGGAUCGACAAUAAUUCAAAAUGACGCAAAGCUUAUACUUGACUCGAACAUGCGGUGUACCAUCACGGAACUGGUCAACGCCUUCCCCAUCACCAGUAAGGAGAAAGAGGAUCUCAGUUGUUGUCCAGAGAAAGAAAGGAGUCCUCAAUUGGCCCAUAAGACAAUGGGACAGUUGAACAAUGGUGUGGCCCAGAUUCCAAACACAUCAUAUAAUCCAGAUUUAAUCAAGUUCAGAGAGAAGUUACCUGUGUAUGAGCAGCGACAUGAAUUAAUGAACGCUAUUAAUUCGAACCAGGUGAUCAUAGUAGCGGGUGCUACUGGUUGCGGCAAAACGACGCAGCUGCCGCAACUCGUGCUCGAACACUGUCAGGAGCACAAACAACCCGUGCGGAUUUACUGCACCCAGCCGAGACGGAUCUCAGCUGUUUCUGUUGCUGAGAGGGUAGCGUACGAGCGCAUGGAGAAGAUAGGCCAGUCCGUUGGCUACCAGAUCCGUCUGGAGUCGCGCGUGAGCCCGCGCACCGUGCUGCACUACUGCACCAACGGCGUGCUGCUGCGGACGCUCAUGGCCGGCGAAGACGCGCUCACUGGUGUGACGCACGUGUUCGUCGACGAGGUGCACGAGCGCGACAAGUUCAGUGACUUCCUGCUCAUAGCGCUGCGGGACGCGAUCGCUCGCGUCAAGGAUCUCAAAGUGAUCCUCAUGUCCGCUACUAUGGACACGCAGAUAUUUUCGAGGUAUUUCAACAGUUGCCCCGUGAUCACAAUACCGGGCAGGCUACACGAUGUCCAAAGGCAUUACUUGGAGGAUGUACUUAAGUUGACCAAGUACAGUAAUAAGAAAAUGGCGAUGGUGGAGAGGGAGUUAAAAGCUAAGCUUAAGACGGGCCACAGUUAUUGGUCCCAGCUCGAGGGCCAGAAACAUGGUGACCCAAUAGAAGAGAAGAAUAGAGAAGAGAAAGAGAAUCUAGACCCAGCACUUCAAGCCGACAUGGAUGAAUUUCUGGAUGAGUGCUUCAACGAGGGCAGUUUGGACUCGUUCAGCCAGGUGCUGUACAUGUUCCUGUCGGAGGGCGUGGGGGUGGACGCGCAGCACUCCGCGUGCGGCCGCUCGGCUCUACACGCGGCGGCCGCCAGGGGACUUACACAAACAGCUCAGCAGAUACUGCGUAUUGGUGCCGACCCAUCGUUGAAAGAUAAAAAUGGUAAAACUGCGUACGAUUACGCUAUGGAUGGGGGUCACACAGAAUGCGCUAAGCUCCUCUCCACAUUUAAUCAUAUGGAAGAGGCCAAAAGCAAUGAAGAAGAAGACAGUGCGGCUGAUAACUUCCUCCUAGACGUUUAUCAUCACUCAUUCUCAGAAGAGUUGAUAGAUCACGAUCUCAUGUUAGCUUUAGUUAAGCAUAUCCAUUUAAAUAUGGCUAAAGGCAGCAUUCUCAUAUUCCUUCCUGGCUACGAUGACAUAGUGACCUUGAGAGAUAUGAUUCAGUCGUGCUCAGACAUGAACACAUUGAAAUAUCAAAUAUUCACAUUACAUAGCAACAUGCAAACACUAGAUCAGAAGAAAGUGUUUAACCCAUUGCCUAAUGCUAGAAAAAUAAUCAUAUCGACAAAUAUAGCGGAAACUUCCAUAACUAUUGAUGAUGUGGUGUACGUUGUGGAUUCGUGUAAAGUCAAGGAGAAGUAUUAUGAGUCGAACGGUGGAGUUUGCUCCUUACAAUGCGUGUGGACGUCAAGAGCUUGUUGCCAGCAGAGGGCCGGCCGUGCAGGAAGAACGAAACCGGGUCAUUGUUUCCACAUGUGCUCCAAGAGGCGAUUCAAGACACUGCCACUCAAUUCGGUGCCAGAAAUACUUCGUGUACCAUUACAAGAACUAUGUCUCCAUACGAAACUUUUAGCGCCUGGAAAUACUCCCAUAGCAGAUUUCCUAUCAAAAGCUCUCGAACCGCCAUCAUUUUUGGCCGUGAGAAAUGCAGUUACACUGCUCAAGACGAUCGGAGCGUUGACUCCCAUGGAGGAUUUGACAGAAAUCGGACAACAUUUACUGGAUCUCACAGUUGAGCCAAAAUUAGGCAAAAUGUUACUUUAUGCUUGCGUCAUGAAGUGUCUAGAUCCAAUACUGACUAUAGUAUGCAGCUUAUCAAAUAAAGAGCCGUUCCAAAUAUCCAUGAACCCGGAAAAUAGAAAGAAAGGCAGCUUGGCGAGGAAGGAAUUCGCCUCUGAAAGCUAUUCUGAUCACAUGGCUCUGCUUCGAGCUUUCCAAGCGUGGCAGAUAGCAAGAUCGAAUGGCACAGAGAAAACAUUUUGUGCUAAAAAUCUUAUCUGCGGCGCCACUAUGGAAAUGAUCGUCGGAUAUCGUUCACAGUUGUUGGCUCAGCUGAGAGCCUUGUGUUUAGUGAAGGCGAGAGGAUCCGGUGAUAUAAAAGACGUCAACUUGAACUCGGAGAAAUGGCACGUUGUAAAAGCGGUGCUAGUCAGUGGAUUGUAUCCGUCCAUAGCUCGUGUAGACCGAGAUUCUUGUACAUUGCGAACAUCGAAGGAGGUGAAGGUUGCGUUUCAUCCGAGUUCAACCCUGCAUAGGGGUGGAGGAGUGAGUGGCUCGCAGAAAUCCGUUCAAAGCCUGCCAACAGACUGGGUUGUGUUUGAAGAAAUAUCUCGCGUUGGAAGAUUUUGCUUCAUCCGGUGUAACACUUUAGUCACACCAUUGACAGUGGCGUUAUUCAGUGGGCCGUUGAGAUUACCAGCUGGGGCUUUAACCCAGAGAGCUAACCCUCCAGGGCUAUCCAGCGAUUCAGAUAGUGAAGCGGACGAGAAUAACUCCUCUCCCGACACGGCAGUAUUGACAUUAGACGACUGGAUGGCAUUCACUGCGGACGCAUCCGACGCGAUAAGCGUUUAUUACUUGAGACAAAAAUUAUGCGCUCUAGUCAUACGGCGAAUGUCGAACCCCGGCAAGGCAAUGACGCCGCUCGACGAACAGAUACUCAAUACCGUUGUACACGUGCUGGGUGCGGAAGAGAAGAACGUAGGUCUCAACCAACCGGCUGGUAUUGGCCAGCGACCGAAACCGCUGACUGUAGACUCCCCAAUAUGGCGGACGAGGGAAGAGGAACAAUACCGCCAUGAGAAUAAAUACUACCCACAGUACAGUCAAAACGAUUUUGCCAAUAGUUUUUACCAAGGAUACGGGUACAGGAAUGGCCAACGACCAGGAUGGAGGAAUGAUGGGAUGCCUCAAGGAUUCUCUCCGCAGUCGUAUAGUGGGCCCAAGAGUCCAAUGUCGCCAAACGGAAAGACUUUAUUAGCGAAUAUAGAGAAAUACGCAGAGAAUGGAGAGAGCAAUACGCGGUAUUUUAUAGUAAAGGCGGAUGACUUGCACAGUGUUGAAAUGGCUCAAGCGAGCGGUAACUUCCCUUUUACGCAGUCCACUCUAAAGAAACUACAGAAAGCUAAACAGGAGGGCAGCCGCGUGGUGGCGAUAUUCACGUGCGCGGGCGCCGGCAAGGUGGCGGGCGCGGCCGCGCUGGCCGAGCCGCCCGCGCCGCUCGACUGGCUCGCGCACGCGCACCACGUGCCCUUCCACAUGCUGCGGCACAUAUCAAACUCGCUGGCCGGAAACGCGCGAGUGACAGGCGCGCGAGACGGCACGGAGAUCUGCCCGGCGGCGGGGCGCGCGCUGCUCGCGGCGCUCACGCAGCGGCGCCGGCCUCCGCCCCCGCCCCCGCCGCCGCACCCGCACCCGCACCCGCCCCGCCCCAUACAGAAGCACCCCGCGGACCAAUAGCGUCCAGCCCACGCGCGUGCACACGAUCUCACUACGCCGCAGUG